AUGCCGUCACGAGCUCCGCUCACAACUCAACGACAACUCAGGAUCUUCGGCCAGGAGUACUCUUGGCUACCAGCCGAGCAUUCCUGCUACGGCCAGGCCAGACACCUCACCAGAAUCGCCUGCUCCUCGAUCCUGGCUCCGAAGUCUCACUCAUCACCAAUCAUCUCGUCCAUCAAAGUUGAGGCUUACAUCCUCAACGUACUCACGUCAUUGUUACCGACGUUUGCAUCGGAACAUGGCCAAUGGGACCACCUCAGAGGUUUAGAACUCUCUGAUCCAGAAUUCCUCACCCCAGCGCCCGUUGACGUGAUCCUCGGUGCUGAUAUCUAUGGGCAACUGAUCCUUCCAGACAUCCGCACAGCUGGGGCUAGCUCACCGACCGCUCAACUUACUCAACUCGGCUGGAUAGUUUUCGGACCAACUGGUGGAACCGAACUAACGCUCCAGGCCAACACUCACUUGGCGAUCACCAACGAUGAUCUCAAUAAUCUCCUCACCAAGUUUUGGGUUCAGGAAGAAAUCCCUGAAUCAUCUCCAGCUUCACUCUCGGAUGAAGAAGCUCAGUGUGAAGCUCAUUUCCGUCUGACUCACACAAGGGACUCAUCAGGACGGUACAUCGUGCGGCUACCUCUGAAGGCUCCAACAUCAUCGCUUGGAGACACUCGAUCAUCUGCUCUAGCCUGCCUACACCGACUCCACCGGAAGUUCUCCAAGAACGAGUCCUACAGACAACUCUACACGGACUUCCUGAAAGAAUACGAGGAUCUUGGCCACAUGCGCCGAGUCUCAAGCCAGCUCAUGGGACGUUGCAUGACCACCGAGAUGACCUUAGCACAUGAAACUUCGGCUUCAGGAGGGUUGAGGGUCUCGGAGGGUCUUCAACCGACCGAAGUUCACGGCUCACCGGAAUUCUUUUUCCCACAUCAUGGAGUGCUCAGAGCAGACAGCGAAACCACCAAACUCAGAGUGGUUUUCAACGGCUCACAUAGUUCCAGCUCAGGUCAAUCAUUGAACGACCUCAUGCACACAGGAGCCAAGCUGCAAAAGGACAUCUCUGACGUGCUGCUCUAUUCUCGCAAGCACAGACUCAUAUUUAUGACUGACAUCACCAAGAUGUUCCGUCAAAUACGUGUACAUGAGGACGACUGGCCACUCCAGCAAAUACUCUGGACAGACUCAACUGGCAACAUCUCCACGUACCAGCUCACCACAGUCACGUAUGGAACUCGCUCAGCUCCCUUCCUCGCUGUGCGUGUCCUCGCACAACUCGUCGAGGAUGAUGGAUCGAGAUACCCCCUCGCAGUAAAGCCAAUCACCAGAGGAAGAUACGUGGACGACAUCUGCGGUGGUGCUGACUCCGCACAGGAUCUAAUUGACACGGCUAACCAACUCACUAGCCUCUGUCUGUCAGGAGGAUUUCCACUAGCCAAGUGGCACUCCAACAGCUCCGAGUUACUCGACGCUGUCUCUACUGAUCGUACUCUUCAAGGCACUCGCAUCAUAGAUGGCUCACUCACCAAGAUCCUGGGGGUCUCCUGGAAUCCAAGUACUGACCACUUCAACUUCGCAGUAACUUCACCAGGGGAGAGCUCCAUCUCCAAGAGGAUCAUCCUAUCCGAGACGGCUCAGCUGUUCGACCCACUUGGGUUCUUAGCUCCGGUGGUAGUUCGAGCCAAAAUCCUCCUCCAAUCGCUUUGGAUCGAGAAACUGGGAUGGGACGAACCCGUCCCCGCACUCACGGCUCAACGCUGGCGACAGUUCAGACAGGAACUUAGCCAGCUCUCACACGUCUCCAUACCACGAUGGCUUGGACUACUUAAGGACUCAACCGUGGAGAUCCACGGCUUCUCCGACGCUUCCCAGUUGGCCAUGUCAGCCGUGUUGUACCUGAAGGUGUUCAACACACAUCAACCACCUCAGAUCACCCUCGUCUGCUCCAAAACCAAGGUAGCACCACUCAAGCGAGUGACAAUACCGCGACUGGAACUUACCGCAGCGCUGCUACUUGCCAAACUCACCAAGUACGUCCAGGAGCAACUCAACAUCUCCAAUGCUUCCACCUACCUCUGGACCGACUCGUCGGUGACGUUUACCUGGAUCAGCCAUCAUCCUUCUAGAUGGAAGCAAUUCGUUAGAAACCGAGUCUCGCUCAUCCAGGAACUCACUCAUCAAACACAUUGGAGAUUGAUCCCAGGCAAGGACAACCCAGCAGACUGCGCAUCAAGAGGACUAUCAGCUGCUCAGCUGGUAUCUCACAAGCUUUGGUGGCAAGGACCACCAUGGCUUAAGGACUCUAUCACGUCAUGGCCCUCACACACUCUCGAAAAGGAUCUUCCAGCAGACCUGGAAGAAAAACCUGGAGCCCUGCUUCUCACCGCUACUCAUCCGCCAGCUCUUUGGGAUCUCAUUGAUAAAUACUCAUCAACAGAUCGACUGUUCAGAGUUACAGCGAUCUGCAAGCGGUUCAUCGCACGACUCAGGAGGACUCCAGCAUCAUCGCUCUACUACCCACUCACCCAUGACGACAUUAAUGAGGCUAGAUCCUUCUGGAUCAAAGUCACUCAGGCAGCGUACCUCAAAGCUGAGCUCCGGACAAUUUCACGUGGUGAGCAAUUUACCAAAUCUCAUCCGCUCACCAAGCUCACCCCCUUUAUCGAUCACCAGGGGAUACUACGUGUUGGAGGGAGGCUUCGACACGCUCAUCUGAACCCUGAGAGCAAGAAUCAGGUCAUCUUGCCCAAGAACUCCACCCUGGCUCAACUAUUGAUAGCCCAAGCUCACCUCAAGACGUUCCACGGAGGGACGCAACUCACCCUCAGACAACUCCGGAGCAGGUACUGGGUCCUCGGAUGCCGAGCACCCGUACGCUCAUUUAUCCUCAAGUGCGUCACCUGCACCAGAUACCGUGGAAUUCGAGCUCAACAACUCAUGGGCCAGCUACCACCAUCCAGACUCACUCCUGGCCGCGCAUUCCUCAACACUGGUGUUGACUAUGCCGGCCCAGUAGCUCUGCGAUCCUGGAAAGGCCGGGGUCAUAAGUCAUACAAGGGCUGGUUGGCCAUCUUCGUCUGCAUGGCCACAUCAGCAGUUCACCUGGAGGUGGUCUCAGACUACUCAGCGGAAGGAUUUAUCGCCGCAUAUCGACGCUUCGUCAGCCGUCGCGGAAUAGCUCGGGCCCUCUUCAGCGACUGCGGAACUACCUUCGUUGGCGCUGAUAAGGAACUCCAGAAAAUGUUCUCGGCGGGAUCCACGCAGUCAAGGCAACUAGCUCAGCUGCUGCUCAACGACGGAACUCAUUGGUCAUUCAAUCCUCCGAGUGCACCUCACUUCGGAGGAAAAUGGGAGGCCGCCGUAAAGUCGGUAAAAUUCCACCUUACCCGAGCCAUUGGGAAUGACCUCCUCACCUUCGAGGAACUCACCACACUGCUUACCCAAAUCGAAGCAGUCCUCAACUCGAGACCUCUGGAACCCCUCACCGAUGAUCCGGAAGACCUCUCAGCGUCAACUCCAGGACAUUUCCUCAUAGGACAGGCUCCAACGACUCUACCAGAACCAGCUCUAGACGACUCCAAUCUCGCCAGGCUCACUCGAUGGCAGCUCAUUCAGAGCAAACUACAAGGGUUCUGGAAGCAUUGGUCCACUGGAUACCUUCAACGACUACAAGCUACCCACAAGUGGCACCACGCCAAUCAUGAAAUUCAAGUGGGCUCAUUGGUACUCCUCACUGACGAGAGGUUCCCCCCCAGCAAGUGGCCUCUUGCUCGUGUCAUAGCCCUUCAUCCAGGACAAGAUGGACUCACCAGGAUCGUGACCAUCAGGACUUCUCAGGCAACGCUCACGAGACCAAUCGCUAAACUGGUCACUCUGCCCAUCACGUCAACCUCACAGAAUCAGGACUCAGCGCGGCCCCUCGGACCGUGCAUCGUCAACCGCGACGGCCCUACAACCCAGACCAACCGGCGAUGUCCAGUGCGAGGAUCAGCCAGAGAAUUUAAUCAUGCAACACCAGUUGCUGAUUCGUCGGGGAGAAUGUUGGAAAUCCAGCUAAACGAUGGCCUCCCGUCCCCCGCACCCCCCGAACUCAUGAGCGCUCGACCCCUGGCCAAAACAACCCGCUGUUGCCAGGGGGUCAAUUGGCAUUUUUGCCUAUCCGAGGCGCCACUUUCCGGACGGAUUGACCCCGGAAACACGCCCUUCAACCAAUCAGAGGGGUCACGUGUCAAUCAAUCUAGAUCCUUCUCGACCGUGACCUCUCCGAAAAUCGCUCUCUCACCGUUUGGACUCCGUUGCGACAACAAGUACCACAUUGUGCUCUCGUCAACCUACAACGAAACCCAAACGUGUUUCAACUCUCGAUUCCUAAAAUUGCGAGUAUCUCAAUAG